UAAGACCCGUAUGUGGCCGCAGACAAGUCAUUGUGACGAACGUUAAACGUGGAACAAACCGAAACAACGACAAUCAAUACGAUACAGAUGAACAAACCAAUGAGGCCUCACUUCUGAACAAAAUUUUAGGAGGGAAUUACGCCACUUACGGGCAAUUCCCCUGGAUGGCCGCAGUUCUGGAUAAUAAUCAACAUACGUGUGGAGGCGCCAUUAUAAGUGAGUUCUGGGUAAUCAGCGCUGCUCAUUGUUUUUA